AUGACGCCCCAUUCUGCCAAGCCGCUGACAAGCGCAUUCAUUGUGUCUGAGAAAUCCAUCGGAGAACCAAUUGUCACGGAACUGUCUGCUGACAGGACUGACUUCUUCAAUCUCGAGCAUGAUAGUCAUUCCCGGCACUCAAACAACGUCAAGAACGGAAUCAAUGGCUUAGCACCCCUCACAGAGGUGCAGGAGCAUGUCAGUGCUACGCCAUCACCCAGGCCAACGCUGUCCCCCACACGGCCGCCCGCUGCUUCCACAAAGCUACGCAAGAUGCUCGAAGAGACGGACGAUCUUAUCGUUUGUCCAGGAGUCUACGAUGGCAUCUCUGCUCGUGCUGCACACGAGGUCGGCUUCAAUGCCAUGUACAUGACCGGCGCUGGCACUACAGCAUCCCGCCUCGGCCAGCCCGACCUCGGCAUCGCCCAUCUCCACGACAUGCGAGCCAAUGCCGAGAUGAUUGCCAACCUCGACCCGUACGGGCCGCCUCUCAUCGCCGACAUGGACACCGGUUACGGAGGCCCCAUCAUCGUCGCCCGCACCAUCUCCGAGUACAUCCGGGCGGGCGUCGCCGGCGCCCACCUGGAAGACCAAGUCCUAACCAAGCGCUGCGGGCACCUGGGCGGCAAAAAGGUGGUGCCACGGUCCGAAUACGUCUCGCGCCUGCGCGCCGCGCACGCCGCGCGCGCGGCGCUGCACUCGGACUUCGUGCUGAUCGCGCGGACGGACGCGCUGCAAACGCUCGGCUACGACGAGUGCGUGGCGCGGCUGCGCGAGGCGCGGGACAUCGGCUUCGACGUCGGGCUCCUCGAGGGCUUCACGAGCAAGGAGCAGGCGCGGCGCUGCGUCGCGGAUCUCGCGCCCUGGCCGGUGCUGCUGAAUAUGGUCGAGAAUGGCGUGACGCCGUUGAUUACGGUGGACGAGGCGAGGGAGAUGGGGUUUCGGAUUAUGAUUUUUUCGUUUGCGACGGUUUGUCCGGCGUAUUUGGCGAUCAAGGAGACGUUGGAGAGGUUGAGGGAUAAGGGGGUGGUGGGGACGCCGAAGGAUAUGAGUCCCACGGCUUUGUUUGAGGUUUGUGGGUUGAGAGAGUGCAUGAAGAUUGACUUGAGUGCUGGUAGUCAGGCGUUCGCGGAGGGUGUGUGA